CUGCGGGCACCGAGUCGUCUGGCAAGACUGCGGGCCACCGAGUCAUCUGGCAAGACUGCGGGCACCGAGUCGACUGGCGGAACAGCGGCGCACCGAGUCGUACUGGCGGAAACAGCGGGCACCGAGUCGUAUUGCAAGACUGCGGGCACCGAGCCAACUGGGGAACAGCAGGCUUCGAGUCGUCUGGCCAAGACUGCGGGCACAGCGUGUUCGUCUGCGGAACAGCGGGCACCGAGUCGUUCUGGCAAGACAGUGGGCUCCGAGUCAACAGGCCACGACAGUGGGCACGAGGUCAUCAGGUAUGACAGCGGGCACUGGGUC